AGGGAAGAGGAGGAGGAGGAGGAAAAUCUCACGAGAUAAUGAAAGAAACAGAGGCGAGCUGCUAGUGUGGAGCAAGACGGAAAAAAACAAGACAGGGAAAGAAAACCAGACUAGAUUUGUUUUUUGGGGGUGAGAGUGGAAAACAAAGAGGGGACGAAAGGCAGCAAGCGAGGGAGGACGUGCGUGUGACCGCAGAUGGUUUUGUGCGCUCUGGCUCUGGAUGAAUGUUGCACCCCGGGGCGCAGCGCACCGAUUGUGUGAAUCUGCAGGGCUGCUCGGCGACACAGUCGGAGAGAUGCUCAGGACGGACAACAGCCGCGGACGCGCUCUGAGAAGUGGACAGUAAGAAAAAAGGCACAAAAGCUUCUGCCGAGGAGCUGCUGAGCACCAAAGAGACAAGAGAGCAGAGGAGCUGAUGCACAAGUGAGAAUAAAAACCAGUCCAAGCUCCUGCUGCUGCGACCAACUCGAUUUUCUGGGAGUUUGAGGGAGUUUGAAGACAGUACUUAACGUUAUCAGAUAAUUAAUUAGACACCCCAUAAGCCCGGAAAUCAAUUAAUUCACAAAUCAAUAAAUCCAUAGUCUGGUGUAACAAGAGACCUUCCAGACUGUUGGCCCUGCUGUGGAACAACAAUAACAAGAGAAGAACAACACAGAGAGAGAUCCAGGUUUAUUUGCAGAAACUGAAGAUGGAUGGAGGUCUAGGAGAGAUGUCCCUCCACACUCACUCUGACCUGGCUCACAGUCAGGAUGGCAGAGCCAUGCUACACUCGCGGGACCUUUCAGCUGCUUUCCCCAGGCCCUCCCUCGGGGGACCCUCCAUGUCCCUGGAGCCUGAACCCCGUCCGCCGGGCUUCGACCACUCCAUGUCGGCACUGGGCUACAGCGGCGACUCCCCGUCCAGCGCCGGCAGUACCUACACCACCCUGACCCCCCUGCAGCCCUUUGAUGACAAGUUCCACCACCACCAUCACCACCACCCUUGCUUGCCCGUCAGCAACGUCAUCGGCAGCUUCACUCUCAUGCGUGAGGACCGAGGCCUCAGCACCAACUUCUACAACCCCUAUGGCAAGGACCUCGCCAUGACCCAAAGCCUGUCCCCCCCCUCCACAGGUUCAGGCCUGGGCUCCUCCAUGCACGGCUAUGGCAGUCUGGGUAACAGCCCCAAUGGCAAUGGUGGUCAGAUGCUCCACGGCGGCUACGACGUCCACGGGGGGAGCCUAUUCUGCAGAACAUCGGAUUUUGCCCGUGAGAUCUCGCCACCAGGCCUCGGAGGAGGUGACGUGUCAGUGGGGCAUCAGUUGAAUAAAAUGGAGGCUCACCACCAUGCCACGGGCCACCACCCUCACAUCUACAGCCAGCACUACCAACCGCACCAUCACCCCAGCCAGCAGGCCUCCAAGGUGAGCGAGCACCUGCACUCCUCGUCGUCCGCCUCGUCCUCGCCCGGCGAGGGCAUGCUGCCGGGCAUGCAGGGCAGCGGAGGCACCACCGGGGAGGAGAUCAAUACCAGGGAUGUGGCCCAGAGGAUCAUCACCGAGCUGAAGAGGUACAGCAUCCCCCAGGCCAUCUUCGCCGAGAGGGUUCUGUGUAGGUCACAGGGCACGCUGUCUGACCUCCUGAGGAACCCCAAGCCCUGGGGCAAGCUCAAGUCCGGCCGCGAGACCUUUAAGAGGAUGUCCCGCUGGCUUCAGGAGCCAGAGUUUCAAAGAAUGGCCUCGCUCCGGCUGGAGGCCUGCAAGCGGAAGGAGCAGGAGCAGAGCAAGCUGGAGCGCAAUCAAGGCCCAAAGCGCACCAGGCUGGUGUUCACGGACCUGCAGCGGCGUACACUCUUGGCCAUCUUCAGGGAGAACCACCGCCCGACCAAAGAGCUGCAAGUUACCAUCUCCCAGCAGCUGGGCCUGGAGCUCUCCACCGUCAGCAACUUCUUCAUGAACGCCCGCCGACGCAACAUCAACAAGUGGGCAGAUGAGGGCCGUCCUUCCUCCACGGGUUCCUCAGGCUCCAGCAUUUCCUCCUCCGCAGUGUCCUGCAGCACGGCGUGAUGACGGACCGCCGAGGAGGUGCGGUGGGGAGGGCGCUGAGGGAGCUAGGGGGCACAUAGACUGGUCUAGGCAGAGAUCAGCCGUAAUAAAUGUCCUCCUCGUUAUCAGAAGGAGCGACGGAGCCAGCGAUUGUAGAUGAUAUUAUGAAGAUGAAGCAUUUUCCCAAACCAAAGUUGAUCGCUUCCUUGAAAUGGAAGGGGGGCGAUACCCAGAGUGAUAUGAUCGCAGGAUGUGAGGUCCUGCUUGUAUAGUCAAGGGUGCAAAGAUUAUUUGACUCAUAGAAGAGUCACACCCUUACAUAGACGCCAUCUCAUUGCAUUAUUUUGAUUAUGUAGAAUAGAGAUAAUGAGGGUAUUACAAAUCAGGAGGAAGCAUAUUUUGAUGUACCUUCAAAUCUGUUGUCAUCUCUCCAAACGUGAAGAAUCAAGAUGUCGUUUGCUCAUAUCUGGAGAGCGCCAUCGUGUAACAUCUUAAUCAAAACUGUUCACCAUCAUCCAAAGACGUUAAUCCUGCCCCAGUGUGCUCCACAAAUAUGGUCCCGUCUGUUCUUCCUCGAGAAUCAAGGUGAAAGAGGAAGAAAAGGCGUUUUUUUUAAACUUAGCCAUUUUUUUCUGAAGAACCUAAUUUCCCUUUCUUAGCAUGUGUUUCCAUGGUGAUGGUUCCCACGUCUGUGUGGCGUUGUCUUGAGUCCAGAGCCUGGAAUUAUCAGGAGGGCUCUGUAGCGUCUGUAACUUCCAGCAGUCAAUCAUUUUACCGUCAACAGGAGCCUUGCCUGUGCUUUGUGAGGAUGGUCCCGCCUUGAAUGAAUCAGAGUUUUCGAGGGGGAAAGCGCAGAGCAUCUCGCUGUACGCCCCGGACAGAAUCAAUAACAAGUAGGACGCAGAAACGGACUUGUUGGUGCAAACGUCCAGCUUUAAGACUCUCACUGAGCUUCCAAACGUGAGCUCCACAGCCAUUUUUUGACUCAAAAUCAAGCCACAAAAAACAAAAAUGAAAAACAGCCUUUGAACACGAAGGCUCCGCGGUAAAGAGGUACACUUGACACAAUGUAUAGUGACAUUGUCCUAUUUUUUCCACUCAUUUUCAAACUGUACACACCUCUGCUCCAUAUUGAAAUCUUUUUUUUUUUACAGAUGUCUAGAAAAUGGAGGAAUGUGAUUCUUUCAGCCCUUUUUGUACAGAUUUCAAGCACAUCGCUCUAUUUAUAGAAACACAUUGGAAGCACGGGGCAGUUUGUUUCAGCCCUGCUGACGUACAAGGUCAUUUUUUGGUCCACAAAGGAAAGGCUUUAACAUGCCUCCUUAUAGCCAAUAGUUAAAUCAAACCAAGAUCCUUUUAAAUGCAAUUGCUGAUCUGAUCAAUGUAUUUAUUACUGCAUUUGUGUAUUUAUUAUUUUCCCCUUUUCUUUCCCUAUUUCUAUUUAUUUGGUUAUUUAUUUAUGCUAAUCUAUAUACUGUAAGUAUUUAUUUAACUAUGCUCUGUAUGUCUGUGUGAAACUGAAGACUUUUUCUGAUGGGCACUUUUAGCUGUAGAAUCCCAUCGUAAUACCAAAGAUUAACAUUGCGUCCCUGAAUGUACGGCCUGAGUCCCUGAACCCCGAACCCGACCCGAUCCAGCCCGAACCCCCCAGUGAUGUUACGUAUCUCUCUAUCUUCGAGGCCUGGCCUUUGUUUUUUGUUUUUUGUAGAAUAAUGGGGAUUUCUUUACUCUUGCAAUUGUCUCUGCGGUCAGCUCUUAACGUCAAGGCCAAAGCUUGUUUGAAUGUUGUGAUAAUAUUUAUAAUUAAUAACACUAUGAAUAAUGACAAUAAUAAUGAUGUUGAUAACAAUAACAACAACAAUGUGGCAUCCCAUAGGUUCACAGGUUGCUUGUAAAGUUGUGUUCAGACCAAUGCCAUCUGGCGGACUGUGUAAGUGUCUGGGGACCCACUUAAAGCGUUGUCUGGAGGUCCCAUUGAGUGCGAGUCCUUCAGGGUCACAUGCAAACAUGCGUACUGUUUGACUGCCUGGGGAAAUGCAUGGUUGUGAACCCCGCCUCUCCCAUUCCCAUCUCCCUCACCUGCCCCCCCCUCCCCAGUGCAGUUCAGACAGUCCUGUCUAUGUCCAGCUCAGUGUGAUCUUACUGUCCAUACUAAACCCUUCUGCCAGUUGUCUCAGUUCCAAGACGGUUCACUCCUGAUUUUGGGAGGUUCUUUAGAUUUGAGAGGUUCCCUGUCUUACGUGGGUCUUGGGGUUGUCGUCCUGUUCCUAGAGUUCUGGAAGGUGUUAGGAUUCACUCUUGGUUUAGGAGGUUCUUAAGAUUUGAGAGGUUCCUUGUCUUAUGUGGAUCCAGCAUCAGGGUUCUGAGGGUGUCAGGAUUCAUUCUUGGAGUUUGAGUCCUGCGUGUUCCUCGACUCCUUAGGUCUAUGUUGACCGAGUUCUGAAGGUCGUACACAUUGUUCCUGGUCUUAUUAGGAUCUUUAAGGUUUUCUCUCAAGUCUUCUGAGAGAUUUGUUCCUCAUCUUUUGAAGAUCUCUAAUUUAGUUGCAAUGACGCUCAGGCUCCCUAAAUUUCCUAAGGAGUGUCCCUCAUCUUUCAGGAAUCCUUGAAUUUGUCGCAAAGGCUUUCGUGGCUUAUAAGGUUUGUCCGUGGCCGUCUUCCCCCUGCAACUCACACAGGCAUAAGUGACUUGAUUUUCCGGUGUUUUAAAUGCUGAAUGCCUAAAUCAGGAGAGAUUGCCCAGGAUCUGAUUCACUGACCCGGGUGUAAAUGCUGCCAAAGAGUGUUGAGGCUAGAUUGGUCCUUUUCCACCCUCUCUCUCUGUUUCUUUUCUUCCCUCGCUCUCUCUCACUGUCUUUAACGUUGGAAGGGGUGGGUUGCCGGGGCCCCCUUCACAGCGUGCACUUGAAAGACGGGCGGUCAUGAAAGAGGCCAUCGACUUUUUCGCAGACUUCAAAGGCAAGGUCUUUUUCAUCCCAUCUCCUCUCUGGGUAUCUGGUCUGGGGUCCGCUCUCGGCCAGACCUGUGGGGUUUAGGGGGCAUUCAAAGGGGGCGGGGGGAGAUCAGAGAGGAGGCGGAAUCAUCCAGAACGAGGACAGUGGUAGUGGUGUGUGUGUGUGUGUGUAGAAGAGGUGGGAGGGGGGUUAUUCGAGGAACAGGAGGUGUUGGAGUAGUGGGGCAUGGAGCUGAAUUAAACUUUAAUGAGCAACAAUUGUAAGCAUGCUGAGAGCAAGGGGGGGCAGUGGUCAGGGCGUGCAGUUGAGUCUGUGCAGAGGGAAAAAAAUGAAAAAUGAAAGAGCUUGGAGGCUCCUCUGCCGACCCCUGCUCUCUACUGUCAUUGUAUCAAAGCUGAGGUGACACCUUUCAGGUUUCCCUUUGUCUCGCUGACUGGAAGCCUAAAAUGGAGACAGAGCUUUUUGUAUUGAGCCACCUUCUGCUCAGUGUCAAGCAGGGAAGCUCUUCCCUGUCUGUACAGAGGGGAGGGAGGAGGGAGGGAAUCCAUUUGGCUGCUGCAGGUGAUCCGCAUUGCCAUUUUAGCCUGCGGCACCCCCUAGUGGCUUUUACAGAAACUUGACCCUGAAAGCAAGGCUGGCAGCCGAGGCCGUUGCAGAGCGAGUCUGAGGGGAGCGUAAAUAAUGGAAUAGCAGAACUGAAAGCUAAUAUAUACUUUCAGAAUAAAAAAGAUAAAAGACCAAAAAAAAAAAUUUUUUUUUGAUAAUGUUUAAACCAAAAAAAAAAAAAAACAACCAAAGAUUGAUGGGUAACUGCUGAAUCGUGAUGUAUCAUGGGUAGUUUUAGCAGUUCCCUAUCAGAGCUACAGUAGCACUCAGAGGAUUCAAAAAAGCACCAGUGGGGUUCCGCGUGCUGAGUAUUUAUGUUACAUAAAACAGUAUUAUGUUGAGCUGGAACUGAGAAACUGACAUGAGGCAGUGUCUUCAGAUGGAAGUCUUUUGACUCUGUGAACCCCAGUGUCCCCUGUUUGUUCCCGUCCUCACCCCUGUGUGUACAUGAAGACUUUACCCAUCUACCUCAACUGUGUGAGAUGUUGUGUGGCAAAGAUAUUCCUUAACCAAAGAAUCCAUCCUGUCAGGGUGUCUGUCUUAUCUAUCUUAUCUAUCAAUCUAUCUAUCUUGUCUGUCCAUCCGUCUCUUCUUCAUGCCUUUUACUCCAAACCAAACGUGCUGGAAUCAAUCCGUAACAGGAGCCGAACGUGGCCCCCUGUCCAGCCAAAGCUUAAGUCCAGUAUGCUAGAGUGUCCCAUUGAUCCAUGCUCUGUAUAUAAAUACAAUUCUCAAGACCAAAAAAAAAGGAGGUGACAAUCCAAGCAAGGAGGAUCUUGCUGUAAUCAACGUUGCCUAUUCCUUGUUUUCCGAGAACUAGAAUCAUGUAACAGAAAAAGCCCAAGAAUCAAGCACCCACCCCAAGAUAAAAAAGGUCAGAGGAGACAGAAGCUAUUUUUCCACAUUUGUAAGCCACCCCUCCCAACCCUGUUUUUUCCGAAAUGUUUAGUGUAGUUGAAAUACUGUUCGAUCCCACUGUUGUAAGUAGGAAUUAAUGAAAUCCAUUCAAAAAGCUUUAAACGGGGAAGAGCUGAGGGAAAUAUUAUAUUUGAGUCUAAGUUUCCUCAGCUUGGACUCGACCCACCAUGCUUUAUCGUGCCAUUCUUGUCCAUGUGUUAGACUUACUAAUGAAUGUGGCUAACCAACCAAAGGCUUUAAAAAAAAAUACACAACACUUUAAACGUCAAUCAUGGUGGGACAUUUUGUAUCAACAACUAAAGAAAAUCCCUUUGAAUACCUCAUGUGAAAAUUGUUUGUUGUGAUGUUGCACUAAAAAAAUAAAAAUGACUCAUUUGUAACCCAA